AUGGCCGGACGCCGGCCGUCGACGCCAUGGGACGCCGCGGCGUUGCGCUGGUCGACGCUGUAUGGGCACGAUAGCCUCCCGAGCCAUAUGCACAUUAGCUCGCUGCGGGCCGUGUACGGCGUACGCAAUAUCCCAGUCGACCUCGGGCGCGCCGCCGAUCUCGAGCUCGACGACCAAGCGCCCGUGCACGACGAUGCACGGAAACGCGGGGCUCCCACGGAGCUGUCUUUUCAGACAAUGGCACUGCGCCAAGAUACCAUGCCAAGGGAAGGCGUGCUGAGUGAUUCCCGCACGACGGCACUGCGAAAACGCCAGCGCGUCGUCGACGGCGCGCUCGAGCGAGCCUCGCCGUACUGGGGCCAGCGGCAGUCGCGGGGGCCAAUGCGCGCACGCAUCCCGCUGGUGGGCCGCGACCUCGAGCGCCUGUUUGCCGCAUCGCAGCGCACCACGUCGACGCGCAUGGACAAGGGGCCGAACCGCCGUGCAAUGGCGCUGCAGGCACGCCAUGCACGGGGCGAGGACCGCGAAGACGUACCGGGAUCCGAUUUAGGCGACGCGCACGCCGACGCACCGGACGAAGCGUCGCUGUUUCCUCUCACCUUUCCGUGGACAGAGCAGGACGAAGAGACCUACUGGCACAACGAGUUUGGGUGGGUCUAUGCUGCGGAUCGCGACGAGCACAUUCCCGAGGCAUCGUUCCUCGUGGCGCUGCACUAUUAUACGGCCAAGUACUACGAGACGCAAGGGCUCCUUCCCCCGCCUGCCGGGCCGCCGGACGCAGCAGCGUGCGAAGCGCUGCGGCGCGAAAGCCAAGAGGCCGAAGCGCGAGCCAGCGCUACCGAGGCGGAGGCAGAGCCUUCCGCGCGCGGGGCCCGGAGCGCUGCCCCAGAGCACGAUGCAGCCCUUGCGCACGAGCCCCAUGUGGAUGCAAACGACAUUAUCGAGGCAGCAGCGAUCGGCUCCCCGCUCGAGGCAGCGCCCGAAACAAGCGGCCCAGGCAUGGAUGCCGGCGAUCCCCUCUGGCACCAGUGGGCCGCCCACUCCAUUGGGCGUGGGCGGUCGAUGGCGCACGCCCUCGAUGCCAGUGCGCUGCUCGGCCUUGCGACGCUUGUUGAGCAAUAUACCCGGCACGGCGCCCCCCGCCCUCUGCGGCGGAACAGCCGCGUAAGCGAUGCAGCGCUAAGCGAUGCGCUCCGCGCCGAGCGGCCUCGGAAGCGGCGAGCGUCUGCGCGCGCCCCGUGCGAGAUCAUCGAGCCGUUACAAAACAAAGAGGUGUAA